CUCUGCUGCUGAGACUCUCCGUUUCUCUCUCCUCUCAUCAGAAGCCCUCAGGCCUCACUAAUCCGACGCUUAGAGCCAUCUUCAUCGGCCAGAUUAAGAAGAGUUUUAGUAGCAGCAGCGGGAAUGUGCAGGCUUCUCUCCCUCCUUCUCAAUCUCUCGAGAUCUUGAAGCAUUGUUCUUGAAUUUUUCAAUCUCCAUUUCCUCAUGUGAUUGCUGGUUUCGCUGUAAAUUUCCAUCAGCAGUCUUGGUUCUCUUCAUAUCUAAAAGGGAACCAUGGGGAAGAAAGUUAAGAAGAAGAACAACCGAGCCCCUCUGAAAGAGAAGCGGGUAUCUUCAAGUUCACCGAGGAAGGUGCCCCAGCGAAGCAGCCCAACGGUGGAGAUUGCUGUUGAGGAUGUGUCAGUUGUUAAGGAGAGAAGCCAAUGCCAGCACCUUGAUAAAUGCUUUAAUUUCAAAGAGUUAUCAUCUAAACUUGCGUCCUCGGAACCUAUUAGCUGUGAAGAUUGUCAAGACAGUUCAGCUGAUAGAAGGGGGAGUAAGGGGAAGGCUAAACAUGGGAAGAAAAAGGGGGGAACUUCCGUGGAUGUAAAACCUGAUGCCAAAGCAAUUUGGAUUUGUUUGCAGUGUGGGCAUUAUGCUUGUGGAGGUAUUGGACUUCCUACCAACUCUCAGAUUCAUGCCGUUCGACAUGUCAGGCAAACUCGACACCCUGUGGUGAUUCAGUUUGAAAACCCGCAGCUUCGAUGGUGUUUCUCUUGCAACAAAUUACUUCCAGUAGAGAAAACUGAUGAGAAUGGUGAACAAAAUGAUGGCUUGUCUAAUGUGGUGAAAUUAAUUAGGGAUCGGUUGAUCAAAGCCUCGCCUGUGGACAUUGAGAACACAUGGCAUGCAAGCAGUGAAGUUACAGCUGCAACUAAAUCAGAAUGUUCAAUGUUAAGUGAUCUGGAGGGAAGAAAUCAUUAUGUUGUAAAAGGAUUGAUUAAUCUAGGUAACACUUGUUUUUUCAAUUCAAUCCUUCAAAAUCUAUUGGCCAUUGAUAUGUUGAGAGAUCAUUUUAUGAAAUUGGAAGAAUGUGUUGGACCUCUAACUAUAGCCUUGAAGAAGAUCUUUAUAGAAGCAAGAAUGGAAGGUAGAAUGAAAGGUUCAAUAAACCCAAGAUCGGUUUUUGGCUGCAUCUCUUCCAAAGCCCCUCAGUUCAAAGGAUAUGAGCAACACGACAGUCAUGAAUUGCUUCAUGCCCUGCUUGAUGGAUUGUCUACUGAAGAGCUGACUUCGAGGAAGAUGACAAAGUCUAAGGAAGAGAGAAUGUCUGGAAAUCCCACUCCUUCUUUUGUUGAUGAGAUGUUUGGGGGGGAAAUAUCAAGUGCUGUAUGUUGCAAAGAAUGUGGCCACACAUCAACAGUUUAUGAACCAUUUCUCAAUCUUUCUCUUCCCGUUCCAAUGAAGAAACCUCUGGCCAAAAAGGUCCAACCAGUCUCUCGGGCAAAGAAGACAAAAGUGCCACCUAAGAGUAGUGGAAAGACGAUUCGUAAAACUGGCAAGCCUUCAGAUGUUGUCCCAGUUCAAAUUGCCUCGCUCCCAUCAUCCAGUAAUGAGCUUUCCCUUGCAUCAGAGGCCAGCGCCGCCAGUAGCACAACUACCAUCACGGAGAAGACUUUAAGUUCUCAGAAUGUCUCAGAUGUUAAAGAGCCUGAAAAAGAAGUUUUGAUUGAGAAUGGAGGAGAAUGUGCUUCAGAUAAUUUGACGUGGAUGGAUUUCCUUGGACCAGAACUAACUGUCGAAAAUUGUGAUAUUUCCACUACUCAGGAGUCUGAAAAUAACGUCGAAGUAUUUAUCAGUGACGAUUCACAAAGCAUCUCUGGGUCGGGUAUGCAAGUGUCAACCCUUCACAAUGAACCCAAUCAAGGACCAGAUUUUUCAGUGAAUUCAUGGGAUGAAUCCCCUUUACAGGUUCAAGCCUCUGAAGUUUUGCUGCUCCCUUACAAGGAAGAGAGCUCCACUGCUGAAGUAGCAAAAGCAGAUGAUCAGGCUUCCUCAUCAAUUUUGGGAUGUGCUCAAGAUGAUUUUGAGGGAUUUGGCCUUGGUGAUAUGUUUGAUGAGCCUGAAAUCCCCAUAGGGCCCAUUGCGAGGCCCUCCGCCGCAAAUGAAGUUGCAGAGAGUAGUUUUGUUAGCGAGUCUGAGCCUGAGGAAGUUGAUAAUACUAAUGCUCCCGUCUCUGUGGAGAGUUGUCUAACUUAUUUCACAAAGCCAGAACUUCUGUCCAACGAAAAUGGAUAUAACUGUGAGAAAUGCUUAAAAAGGCUACAACAACAAAGGUUGGAAAUGAAGAAGCAAUCAAAAGUUGCUCGCAAAGCUGUAGCAAAUGGAUAUCAAACUGAUGUAGGGGGUGAUAUAUCUAGUUUCAACGUGGACUCUUCAGUUGAAGUAAAAAAUCAAAGAAAUAUGAACUUAAUAAAUGGUUCUUUAAGUCAUAGUAGCGGUGAAAGCUUGAAUUUGAAAGAAAAUGCAGAUUGCUCCAGUCGAGAUAGAACAAAACCUGUCGAUUGCCAGAAAGGCAAGAUGGAUUCUCUUGUUUUGAAUGAAGAUGAAGCUAAGGUUGACAAAGAUAUGAAUCCUGGCCUAGCAUAUGCUUCAGGUUGUAAUAACACCAGCAAUCAAGAGAAUUCUGAUGAUAAAUCCAGGUCUUAUCUUUCCAACGAUGAUCCUAAAGGCAGGGGACUUGCAAAAACUAAUAUUGAGCCCUUGAGUUCACAAAUAUCUGCCGAGAACCAACCAGAAAAAAGUGAGGAUUGUGAGAUGAAUUCUGAUUCAACAAUUGUGAAUGUGAAAAGAGAUGCAACAAAGAGGUUUCUCAUUCACAAGGCCCCUCCUAUCUUGACAGUUCAUAUAAAGAGGUUCAGUCCGGAUGCUCGGGGUCGUUAUAGUAAAUUGAACGGCCACGUCAAAUUCAAAGAAACAAUUGAUCUCAAACCAUACAUGGAUACUAGGUGUGCAGAUAGGGACAAGUGUAAAUAUCGGUUGGUCGGGGUCGUGGAGCACUCGGGAUCUAUGAGAGGAGGCCAUUAUGUUGCAUACGUGAGAGGGGGCAACAGGAAGAGGAGGAAUGGGGAAGCUGAAGAAGAUGCUUCUGUUUGGUAUUAUGCAAGUGACGCCUGCGUAAACGAGGUUAGCCUGGACCGGGUUCUUGGCUGCGAGGCGUACAUCCUAUUUUAUGAGAUAACAGGUCAAAUCUUUGGCUAACACAACACAUGCUUUUACUUCUUCAUAACUUCCAACAGAAGACAGGAAAGAGAGAGAGAGAGAGAGGCAGAUGAGUGUACACCUUUUACAAUAGAAUUUUUCCUCCCCAGUAAAAAUCCAUUCUUUUUGAUCUAUUAGAUCUAGGUUUUGAAAUAUGGUUAUCACAAAAAUUUGUCUAAUUGCCAAUGCCAAUAGAGGGGGUGUGGGGGCUUGAGGUCUUUGGCUUUUAUCACCCUGGAUUUUGUUAUAUGAGAUAUGUGGUUGCUCAAAUUGUUUCUUUUUCCAUCUA